AGCCCUGGGCACCCAGUCUCCGGGUGCAGGCACACAGACCCACCAUGAGCCAUUCCCUCCCCCGCCUCUGCUCACCAUGCGGACGCUGACAUGGGUCUUGUUCUUGCCUCUGUGCCUCUCCUGCGGCUGUGCCUUCAUGUUCACGUCUCUGAGAGAGAAAGCCAAGGAACCCCAGGGCAAGGUGCCUUGCGGAGGGCACUUCCGGAUCAGGCAGAAUCUCCCAGAGCACGCCCAAGGCUGGCUUGGGAGAAAAUGGCUCUGGCUUUUUUUUGUCGUCGUGCUGUAUGUGAUAGUAAAGUUUCGAGGGGAUCGCGAGAAGACUAAGGAGCAGAAUCCUUCUGGGCUUCGAGGCUGCUCAUUUCGCUCUCCGCUGAAGAAGACUCAGAAUACUUCCCCCAGCAAAGACUAUGUGUUCAAUACCUUAACCCAGCUCGAGGUGGACCUUGUGAAAUUUGUGUCCAAGGUGCGCAACCUGAAAGUCGCCAUGGCAGCUGGAGGUAACUCCAAGCUUCAGAACCUGGAGGCGCCUGUGGACCCUCACAAUAACAUCACCAUCUAUGAGAUAUGGGGGGAAGAAGACUCUGAAUGAAUGGCUUUAUGUGUCAGAGGAGGAGACAAAAAGCUGAGUGUUGACAGACCCUAUGUAAACUAAUAAAACUAUUCUGAAGAAAAAGGAUA